UGCGAGGAGGGCGGGGUGUCGUUCCCUUUCGCUGAUGCAAGAGCCUAGCGCGGUGCUGGGCGAAGUGUCGGUAGGAGCUGCGCCGACUCCGGGGUCUGAAGCUGACCGGUCUGACUUCCCACCCGUGCGGAACCCGCUAGAGCCACAGCCAUGUCCGGGGACGAGAUGAUUUUUGAUCCUACUAUGAGCAAAAAGAAAAAGAAGAAGAAGAAGCCUUUUAUGUUAGAUGAAGAAGGUGAUGCCCAGACAGAAGAAACCCAGCCCUCAGAAACAAAAGAAGUGGAGCCAGAACCAACUGAAGACAAAGAUGUGGAAGCUGAUGAAGAAGACAGUAGAAAAAAAGAUGCUUCUGAUGACUUAGAUGACUUGAACUUCUUUAAUCAAAAGAAAAAGAAGAAAAAAACAAAAAAGAUAUUUGACAUUGAUGAAGCUGAAGAAGGUGUAAAGGAUCUUAAGAUUGAAAGUGAUGCCCAAGAGCCAGCUGAGCCAGAGGAUGACCUGGAUAUUAUGCUUGGCAAUAAAAAGAAGAAAAAGAAGAAUGUCAAAUUCCCAGAUGAAGAUGAAAUACUAGAAAAAGAUGAAGCUUUAGAAGAUGAAGACAGCAAAAAAGAUGAUGGCAUUUCAUUCAGUAACCAGACUGGGCCUGCUUGGGCAGGCUCAGAAAGAGACUACACAUAUGAGGAGUUGCUGAACCGAGUGUUCAACAUCAUGAGAGAAAAGAAUCCUGAUAUGGUUGCUGGAGAGAAGAGGAAAUUUGUUAUGAAACCUCCACAGGUUGUCCGAGUAGGAACCAAGAAAACUUCUUUUGUCAAUUUUACAGAUAUCUGUAAACUAUUACAUCGUCAACCCAAACAUCUCCUUGCAUUUUUAUUGGCAGAAUUGGGUACAAGUGGUUCUAUAGAUGGUAAUAACCAACUUGUAAUCAAAGGAAGAUUCCAACAGAAACAGAUAGAAAAUGUCUUGAGAAGAUAUAUCAAGGAAUACGUCACUUGUCACACAUGCCGAUCACCGGACACAAUCCUACAGAAGGACACCCGACUCUAUUUCUUACAGUGUGAAACUUGUCAUUCUCGAUGCUCUGUUGCCAGUAUCAAAACUGGCUUCCAGGCUGUCACGGGCAAGCGAGCACAGCUCCGUGCCAAAGCUAACUAAUUUGCUAAUCACCAUUGAUUUUUCCAAAAUGUGUGGUGGAGAUUUGGCUGGACAGGUUACCAUCAGAGUGGAUGUACCAUUGAAUUAAAAAACAAGAUAGAAAAGCUGCCAAGUUCUUUGGCAAGUGAUCUGAAAUCCUUGCAAGAUGCCGAUACUGAAGCUGUUGACAUACUCGUUGCCUACUUUAACAACUGUCAAAGAAACAUGAUGGGGUAAGGAGGUGCUUUUUAAAAUCGUUCAUAGACUUCUGUAAAAUGCAAGAUAAAUUAAAGUUAUUAUAACUGAUUCUUUCAAUUUGAUCUGUCCUUCAGUUUUCUUUUCUAUAAUAAAAUGCUCGUUGAAUUUAGCAAAAUACAAAACAACCAACUUGGUUCUUGGACUUUGACCUCAGAAACUGAAUAUUGGCAAACACUGGAGCUGGGAAGCCAUUUUCCUUUCCAACUUCUCAAGUUACAUGGCUAGAGUAGGUAUGACUUAAGUGGCUGGAAGAGAAGAAUGGGACAGCAGCCUGUUUUUAGUUUCCAGAGAAUGAAGGAUUUCCUUUUGUGAGGAUUGCUACUACCUCACUGCCAAUUCCUCAUUUCCCUCCUGUGACAACACUUGAGACUGAGAUAGCUGAAAUUUCAGCUGUUGUCACUCAAGGGAACUACCAGGUGCUAGGUUCCUCAUCCUUGGAAUUCUUGUUACAGGCCAGUAUGUCCUAUACCUGACAUACUGUUAGUUAGGCCUCUGUUGUUGAGAAAGCAUAUGUAGUACAGAGAAGUCUUAGGGUCUAAAUAGCAGCACUUAAGGAAGCUUCUCCAACCUAUGUUCUAGGUCAGUAAAAGACCCCUUUCAAAUGCUUUUCUGUACUAAACUAACUUGAAUGUGGCCGUGAAACCAAGAGAUGCUGCUGCGUGUGUGGUCUUGCUGUUACCUCCAGCUCUGUUUCUGAGGAUUGAGCUAGCGAGGUAUUCUCCAUCGGUGCACAGGAGGGUCCAUCUUGUGGGUCUGUGCUAUAAUCUGCCUUACGUGCACCUACCAGGAUAAGGACAUACAUGAUGCUCCUCACUUUCCUGCCAUCAGAUGUUAAUCUUGCUAAACAUCCCAACAACAGUCACUCAGCCAAGACAAGGUUAUAUUUAAUUACUGUGAUCCUGGAUUUUCAAGUAAGGCCAAGUGUUAUACCAAGUACUUGGCUGUGAAGUGGCAGAGGGCAUGUCCCCUUGACCAAGUAGGUCAAGAGAUGUGCCAUAGUCUGGCUGACCUGCUACCACUCACUGCCAUGUUGAUCACAGCUGUUGAUGACUAUUUUUUUCUUUUUUUCUGUUCUUUUGUACCUCUGCCCCUAAUUCCCAAUGUUGGCUAUUAUUGCGUGAAUAAAGCAAGGAUCAGUGCCUCUUGUGUAA